AAGGACAGGAGUGGCAGGAUUUUAACUUCAAUAUUUACACACCUGUCUAUGUAGUGAUGUGUGCAUUAAUGUAUGUGUAUGUGUUGGCAUAGAUAAUCUAUGUGGAUUUUAAAAAGCAGAAGUUUAGAAAUCUUGCAUCGCUCGCUCCCAACUAAAGGCAAUAGAAAAAUCGAUUGUUCCUAGAUGGGAGUUAUUAUCUGGAACAGUCUUAACUAGACCAUCAUCAGGCCAGUAGACCAGCAGCGCAGGGAGGAUGGAUCCGUUGUUGUAUCUCGGUGGACUGGUAGUUCUCUUUCUGUUGUGGAUCAAGGUGAAAGGCUUAGACUACGUGAUCGUUCACCAGAGAUGGAUAUUCGUCUGUCUAUUUCUGCUGCCGCUCUCAGUCAUAUUUGAUGUCUAUUAUUACAUGCGCGCGUGGCUCAUCUUCAAAAUGUGUUCUGCGCCAAAACAGCACGACCAGCGCGUGCGGGACAUCCAGAGACAGGUACGUGUGUGGAGGAAGGAGGGGGGGAAGACUCACAUGUGUACAGGUCGACCCGGCUGGCUGACUGUCUCUCUCAGAGUUGGGAAAUACAAGAAGACUAACAAGAACAUCAUGAUCAACAUGAUGGACAUACUGGAGGUGGACACACAGAGACAGGUGGUUCGUGUGGAGCCACUGGUCAACAUGGGUCAGAUCACUGCUCUCCUCAACUCCCUGGGCUGGACUCUGCCUGUGCUGCCAGAACUGGACGACCUCACUGUCGGAGGUCUGGUGAUGGGUACAGGUAUAGAGUCAUCCUCUCAUAUCUACGGACUCUUCCAGCACAUCUGUGUUGCCUUUGAGCUGGUGCUGGCUGACGGCAGCCUGGUCCGCUGCACUGAGGAAGAGAACUCUGACCUGUUCCACGCAGUUCCAUGGUCCUGUGGAACUCUGGGGUUCCUGGUUGCUGCAGAGAUAAAGAUCGUCCCGGCAAGGUAUUGGGUUCGUCUGCAGUAUGAGCCAAUCAGAGGGCUGGAGAACAUCUGCCGUCGUUUCAGUGAGGCGUCUGAGGACAAGAACAACACGUUUGUAGAAGGACUGCAGUACUCACUUGACGAAGCUGUUAUCAUGACUGGCACUAUGACUGACACGGCUGAACCCGACAAGAUCAACAGGAUCGGCCUGCACUAUAAGCCGUGGUUCUUCAAGCACGUUGAAAGAUACCUGACGGAGAACAACACAGCAGUGGAGUACAUCCCUCUACGCCACUACUACCACAGACACACACGAUCCAUCUUCUGGGAGCUCCAGGACAUCAUCCCGUUUGGUAACCACCCAGUGUUCCGGUGGUUGUUUGGGUGGAUGGUUCCUCCUAAGAUCUCUUUGUUGAAGCUGACCCAGGGAGAGACCAUCAGACAACUGUAUGAGCAGCACCAUGUUGUCCAGGACAUGCUGGUCCCCAUGAAACACAUCCAGACCGCUAUCGCACGCUUCCACCAGGACAUCCAUGUGUACCCUUUGUGGUUGUGUCCGUUUGUGCUCCCCCUGGGCCGGGGGAUGGUUCAUCCUAAAGGUGAGGAGGCAGAGCUGUAUGUGGACAUUGGAGCGUAUGGAGAACCCAGGGUUAAACACUUCCAGGCUAAAGCCUCAUGUAGACAGCUGGAGCAGUUUGUCAGAGAGGUGCAUGGGUUCCAGAUGCUGUAUGCUGAUGUUUACAUGGAGCGUAGUGAGUUCUGGGAAAUGUUUGACGGGACGUUGUAUCACCGUCUGAGAAAGGAGCUGGGCUGUAAGGACGCUUUCCCUGAGGUAUACGACAAGAUCUGCAAAGCUGCACGACACUGACCUCUGACCACGAACCCCUGAUCCUUUAACAUCUGCCAUCCCACUAGUAAUACGAUGAAGAUUAGAGCCUUUAAGGAGUGUUCUCAGCCUGUUUGUAUUGUAAAGCCCAGUGAAUGUGAAUGUGCUGAUGAAACAAAUACAGCCUUAACACCAGCCUGUUUUGAUAUACACUAGCGUUCAAAAGUGUGGGGUCACUUCGAAAUGUCCUUGUUUUUUAAAGAAAAGCACAUUUUUUGUCCAUUAAAAUAACAGCAAAUUGAUCAGAAAUACAGCGUAGACAUUGUUAAUGUUGUAAAUGACUAUCGUAGCUGGAAACGGUAGAUUUUUUAUGGAAUAUCUACAUAUGCCCAUUUAUCAGCAACCACCACUCCUGUGUUCCAAUGGCACGUUGUGUUAGCUAAUCCAAGUUUAUCAUUUUAAAAGGCUAAUUGAUCAUUAGAAAACUGUUGUGUUAACUAUGUUAGCACAGCUGAAAACUGUUCUGCUGAUUAAAGAAGCAAUAAAACUGUCCUUCUUUAAACUAGUUGAGUAUCUGGAGCAUCAGCAUUUGUGGGUUCGAUUACAGGCUCAAAAUGGCCAGAAACAAAGUCUUUCUUCUGAAACUUGUCAGUCUAUUCUUGUUCUGAGAAAUGAAGGCUAUUCCAUCUGAGAAAUUGCCAAGAAACUGAAGAUCUUGUACAACGCUGUGUACUACUCCCUCCACAGAACAGUGCAAACCGUCUCUAAACAGAAUAGAUAGAGGAGUGGGAGGCCAUGGUGCACAACUGAGCAAGAGGUCAAGUACAUUCGAGUGUCUAGUCCUCAACUGGCAGUUUCAUUAAAUAGUACCCACAAAACACCAGUCUCAACGUCAACAGUGAAGAGGUGACUCCGGGAUGCUGGCCUUCUAGGCAGAGUUGCAAAGAAAAAGACAUAUCUCAGACUGGCCAAUAAAAAUAAAAGAUUAAGAUGGGCAAAAGAACACAGACACUGGACAGAGAAACUCUGCCUAGAAGGCCAGCAUCCCGUAAUCGCCUCUUCACUGUUGACGUUGAGACUGGUGUUUUUUGCGGGUACUAUUUAAUGAAGCUACCAGUUGAGGACUUGUGAGACGUCUGUUUCUCAAACUAGACACUAAUGUACUUGUCCUCUUGCUCAGUUGUGCACCGGGGCCUCCCACUCCUCUUUCUAUUCUGGUUAGAGCCAGUUUGUGCUGUUCUGUGAAGGGAGUAGUACACAGCGUUGUGCGAGAUCUUCAGUUUCUUGGCAAUUUCUCGCAUGGAAUAGCCUUCAUUUCUCAGAACAAGAAUAGACUGACGAGUUUCAGAAGAAAGUUCUUUGUUUCUGGCCAUUUUGAGCCUGUGAUCGAACCCACAAAUGCUCAACUAGUCUAAAGAAGGCCAGUUGUAUUGCUUCUUUAAAUCAGCAAAACAGUUUUCAGCUGUGCUAACAUAAUUGCAAAAGGGUUUUCUAAUGAUCAAUUAGCCUUUUAAAAUGAUAAACUUGUAUUAGCUAACACAACAUGCCAUUGGAACACAGUGAUGGUUGCUGAUAAUGGGCCUCUGUACGCCCAUGUAGAUAUUCCAUUAAAAAUCAGCCAUUUCCAGCUACAAUAGUCAUUUACAACAUUAACAAUGUUUACACUGUAUUUCUGUUAUUUUAAUGGACAAAAUAUUUAGCUUUUUUUUUUUAACAAGGACAUUUCUAAGUGACCCCAACCUUUUGAACGGUCGUGUACAACUUCUGACCCCUAACCCCAACACCUGCCUGUUCUGACCUCUAAGCCCCUAACAUGUUCUGACCCCCAACCCUAACCUGGUUAUUUCUACUGCCUGGCAGAGAGGAAGGAGAUCACUGCUAUUGUCCACAAAUGUUUUUGUUGGUGUAUGAUGAUAAUAAAGUUUGUUUUGUCAACAGCAAA